AUGAGUCUUCCACUAAAUAUGUCACUGGUUAAGUCUGAUCACAACGGAGGCACCUUUUCGUUCAGAAAACAAGAUAGGAAACGAGCAAAACGCUUGAAAAAGCUUGGGAAUGUAGCUGCUGCCAGGCACCAACCGAUUGAAAAAGUCAUGGAAGAAGCUUUCCGUGACAGAAGUAAAAGUAAAAGACAGAGAAAAAAGGCUGCAAGAAUGGAGCGACAGGAGAAGGCAAGAGUUGACAGUUAUGAUGAGAAAGGCGUUGAGAAGAUGUCUCAAGGGAUUCGAUGGAGAAAGGGAUCUCAGACCGAAGAUGAGUCUGACUCCGAUGCAGAUCUUACUUAUGAACAAUACCUUAAAGAAGUACAGGAUAAGAAACGCAAACUUGCUAUGGAAAGUGAUGAUGGGCAGCAGGAUGAUAUUGAAAUCCAUCGAUAUUCAAAGCUGCUUGGAAUCAAGGAAGGCGUGAAGGCCAGGAUGCCGAAAUCUUUUUCUAAUGACGGAUUAGAUUGUAAGUUGAGUCUACGGUUUAAGAAAAUUUUUUCGUCAGGAUCCGAUCUUAGCGGUGAAGAGGACCACAUUGAAGAUGAAGGUGAUAAGUCGACAUAUCUUCAUGAACACGAUUCUUUUAGCAGUGGAUCUGACAAUGAGGGAUCUAAUCAUGUUAAUGAUAAGGGUUGUAGCCAUCUUAGCAGUAGUGGAGAACACUCAGAUAAGGUGAGUAAAUAUGGUGACGACAAUGCCGCAGAUAAUUUUCGGGAAGAUAUAUAUGGUCGCACUGUUAAUAGGAAAACUGGACAAGUUGUCAGUUUCAACUUAACAAAUGCUCGCAAAAAAUUGGAAGACCUUGAUGCGAAGAAUGAUGCGGGGGAGUCCAAGAUGCAAAUAGAUCGUAUACUCGUAGGAACAAUGAACAGGUUGUACAUCAUUACUAUUUUCAUGUUUCUAGAUGUUAAAUCGUGUGUGUGUCGUGCUUUGUCCCGUUUGAUUUGUGUGCCAUACCGUCUACAAGACCAACUGCUAUCACUGUAUGCCCUUUUCUUGGCUUAUAUCCAUAUGUCGACAAGUGAAGAGAUCUCUGCCUACUUCGUUGAGGAUUUCUUGCAUAAAUUCAUUGAAGACAUCCGGCUUAUGCAACCACUGGAUGAUAAAAAACUGGAGAAUUGCGUUGUUUUCAUUGCUCACUUGCUGAAUUUUCACGUGAUAAAAGGGACAGUUAUACUAGAAGUGUUUGAAAAACUGCGAGAGCAUCUGAAUGUGGACAGCUUGCAGUUAAUUGUCGUGCUUUCUACAUGUAUGUUUGCUAAAGUACAUAGCUACUCUUUACAAUUCGUUUCCACCUUUUUUACUUUUAGGCCGAGAGCUAAAUUUCUUGGAGAAAGUUUACUGGCACUUCAAAAAAGUCCCCCAACUGGCAUUGAUACGUCGAUUUUUGAGCAUCAUUUGAAGCUUUUCUAUGGACUACGAAAAAAGAAUAAAUCAGUAUCUGGUAAGGAACUUGGUAUGUCUCUCGAUGAUAUCCUUAAUGCUGAUGAUCGAGGACGCUGGUGCGUGUGGAUAGUUGGUUCUGCUUAUCAAGUGCCUAAUGAGUGUUCAUCAGCUAUGAACACUACCAAGUCUUCACAAAUUGUUCAGUCCUUUCCUGAUGAUAUAGUGAAACUCGCUCGAAAAGCAAAAAUGAACACAGAUGUUCGUCGCAAUAUUUUCUGCACAGUGGCGACUUCGGAUGAUGAGGAUUCUGCGUUUGAACAACUAUUGCGUCUCUCGCUAAAAGGUCAGCAAGAACGUGAAAUUAUUUACGUAUUGAUUGCGAUGUUGUUGGGAGAAAAAAGCUUCAACACAUUCUAUCCGCUACUGAUUGCACGAUUUUGUGACUUCAACAAGAGAUUUGUGCUAACCACGCAAUAUGCUUUAUGGGAUCGAAUUAAAGAAAUAGCUACGCUCAAAACUCGAUCGCGCUCUCGUCUUGCAGAUCUCAUCCAUUAUCUCAUUUCACAUGAGGUUGUAUCUAUCACCGUUUUUAAGGUAGUGGAAUGGGGCACUUUAUCGGCGGCUGUCUCGUCUGUCAUUCGCCGAGUAUUCAAGCUACUAUCGUUAUGCCCUAUACAGAAACUCCAUAGAAUUUUCAGCCCAAUUUUUGUUAAAGAUAAGGAUCCAUUGUUAUCCGAAGGAUUACGUUUGUUUUUGAGUGUUAAUUUCCCGGAUUCUGAAAAAAUCUUUAGUCGAUGGAUAAAGUUUCAAGGAUAA